AUGGACGACAUCGGGGAAGCCCUGUCGACCAACCACACCCCCAACGCCUCUUCCAGCAGCCCCGCCCAGGGCCCCCUGCUGGUCACCUCUGUGCUGGGGGCCACCCUGACCCUCAUGUGCCUGCUGGGGGCCACGGGGAACAUCUACAUCCUGGCAGUGAGCAGCACCCCUCUCUGGAAAGCGGGCUCCCUGCACCUCUACAUCGUCAACCUGGCCCUGGCUGACCUCCUGUACCUGUCCACCAUCCCCUUCGUGGUCAGCACCUACUUCACCCGCGACUGGCUGUUCGGAGAAACCGGUUGCCGGGUGCUGCUCAGCCUGGACCUGCUGGCCGCCCACGGCAGCGUCUUCACCCUGACGGCGAUGAGCGCCGAGCGGUACCGCGCGGUCGUACGCCCCUUCCGCGCCCGGAGGUCGCCCAAAAGGUACCGGGCUCUGGUGGCCGCGGGGAUCUGGCUGGCUUCCUUCCUCCUCACCCUGCCCAUGAUGGUGAUGAUCCGCCUUCGGAAAAGCCCGACCACUUCCAAACGGAUCUGCUUCCCCACUUGGAAGCUGGAAGCCUUCAAGGCCUACCUGACUGUUCUGUUCUCCACCAGCGUUCUGGCACCCGGGUUCGCCCUGGCCUGCCUCUACGGCCGGUUAGCCAGAGCCUACUGGACGUCCGAAGCCAGGGUGCGCUCCACCAAGCGGAGGCUGAAACACAGAGUGGCCUGCCUGACCUUCGGUAUCGUGGUCGCGUACUGGGCCUGCUUCCUGCCCUUCUGGGCGUGGCAGCUGGCCAAGCUCUACUCCCAGGAUGCCUUGCGGUCCCUGUCGGACGACGCCCACGCUUACGUCAAUUUCUCCGUCACCUGCUUGACCUACAGCAACAGCUGCAUCAAUCCUUUCCUCUACACCUUGCUGAGCAAGAAUUACAGGGACUACGCGAGACAGAAACGCCAGCCCUCCACUGGGACCGGCAUGAGCAGCGGGGCUGGGGGGGACUGCGCUGUCCCGGGGGGAGGGAGGGAGGCGAGCGGGGGCGGGGCUGUUCUGGAAAAGGGGAAAUUGGGAAGGGGAAAUUAA